AUGGCCUUGGGUGACCAGGACAUUGAAGGCCUCACCGACAAGGUCCUUCCCCGUCGUCUUGGACCCAAAAGAGCAACCAAAAUUCGCAAGCUCUUCAACCUCACCAAAGAAGAUGAUGUUAGGAAUCUCGAGUGUCUGCAAAUUUUUUUAGGAAAGCCAACUCGCAUCAUUGCCCCCAAGAUUCAGAGGCUCAUCACGCCCACUGUGAUUGGCAGACGCAAACGUCUGCUUAGAAAGAAGAUCCAACAACGUCAAAAGUCUCGUGAGGAAGCCGCUGCCUAUCACAAGUUGAUGACCAAGUUUGCUAAGGUGCGUAGGCCUACAACACUAUUGUUCGUACCCUUUGUAAACCUCUACUACUUUGUUAACUUUUAGGA